CCUCCAACUCUUCAACACCUUCUUCUUCUUCCUCACUCUUCUUCAUCUCACAAAUCUCUCUCUCUCUCUCUCUCUCCGCCUCCCAUGGCUGACCGCGUCCAUCCCACCGCCGAUUCCCCCCGUCCCAGCACCUCCUCCACCCUCUCCGACACCACCAAGCCCUCCUCUCCACCUCCCGGCACCUACGUCAUCCCUCCCAAGGACCAAAUCUACCGCCUUCCUCCUCCCGAAAACGCCCACCGCUUCAAACUCUACACUCGCCAAAGCCACCGCCGCCGCAACCGCUGCCGCUCCUGCCUCUUCUGCCUCCUCGCCAUCCUCGCCAUCCUCAUCAUCCUUCUAGGCAUCACCCUCGCCGUUUUCUACUUUGUCGUUCGCCCUAAAUCACCCAACUACUCCAUCGACGCCAUUUCCAUUUCCGGACUGAAUAACCUAACAUCCUCCGCGAUCUCGCCUGUGUUCAAUCUGAGUGUUCGAGCGGAUAAUCCGAAUAAGAAGAUCGGAAUCUAUUACUUAACAGGUAGCUCAGUCCGAAUCUAUUCCUCUAACGAGAAACUGUCGGAGGGUGUUUUGCCUGAUUUCUUCCAGCCUUCGAAGAAUGUGAGUGUGCUUAGAGCUGUUGUGAGAGGAGCCGGAGUUAAUUUGUCGAGUGGGGCGAAGAAUGAGAUAAUUGAAUGGGUGAAACAGAGGGCGGUGUUGUUGAAGGUUGAGAUUGGAGUUCCGAUUAAGGUGAAAAUUGGAUCGGUGAAGAGUUGGAAGAUAAAAGUGAAGGUGAAUUGUGAUGUGACGGUGGAUGAGUUGACGGCAGCGGCGAAGAUUGUGAAGAAGAAUUGCGAUUAUAGUGUGAAGAUUUGGUAGGCUUAUGAAUUGCUUGCCAUUAUUAUGAAUUAUACUUGUAAACUUUUGUAAUGAAAAAAGAGAGCAUUAUUUUUUACAUGUGAUUUUGCGAGCACCAAAUAAAAAAUGUUACCCUAAA